AAUAAAUUAUUAUAGUAUAAUUUAUAACUAAAAUGAAAAUCGCUGAAAUUCAAAAGCAGAAAAAGGUGUCGCACAAACUGAUAAAUUUCGUGCAGGGUCAGAAAAUGAGGUAAAUUUUGAAACUAGUCAGUAUGGUCACUAUAAUAUUGAAGCUAUUGGCCAAGUUGGAUUCCGACUCAAGUUGACUGAUACCGUGAAAGAAGAAUGCAUCUGCUUCAGUAGACCAGAACAAGAAAAAAUUUACGAAAAAAUGGCAUUGUAGUAAUAUGAUAAGAGUGUAAAAAAGUUUAAAUAAUAAAAAGGGCACAAUGAGGUCACAAAAUGGAAUUUUGCUCCACGGAAACCAUUUCGACGUUAAGGAUAUAAUCAAUCGUCCUGAAGAGUUUAUCCGUCCAGAUGAAAGUGGGCACUCAUUGCUACAUACUGCCUGUGAAAUUUCAGAUAUAGAAUCGGUUGAAAAGAUUAUUAGCGUAAAUGGAUCGAAUCUAAAAAACGCUAUUGAUAUGAAAGGAUUAUCACACUUUCAUGUGGUAGCUAUUUCAUCAUAUACCGAUGUUUUGGAAAGGUUUUUAAAAGAAAACGUGGUUCCAGACAUCAAUGCUGCUAUUAGUGAUACGGCCAAAUUUUUACCAGGUUUUACAGCCCUUCAUAUAGCCUGUUUACGGAAAAAUGUAGAGCACGUGCGAGUUCUUUUGAAAUAUGGUGCACACUCAAACGUAAAAAAUGCAUUUGGACAUACCCCAUAUGAAUUGCUUCUAUGGGAAAGUGUAAGACUCAAUCGACUUAUUAUGGACCCUGAAACGAUCAGAUAUUUUUGUACAAAGUCAAAAUACAAAAAGUAUAUUGAAAAGUUCAAGAUUGAUAAAGAGAAAGAUUGUAAAAUUCCUCUAAGAAAUGUUUAUAAAAUGAUUAGACUCAUCCUGAAGGCAGCCAAAGGCAAUAAAGAAUUUGAUGACAAAGGAUUUAGCAGACUUCAUUUCUUAGUAUGCCAAGCUCUGCUGCCAAAUAUUGAAUUAGAGAUUAAAAAAAAUCGUCAUUUAGUGAAUGCUAAAGUCAGCGAGGACGUUCAAUUUUAUGGGGGUCUUACGCCUUUACACUUAGCAGCCUAUUUUCACUACGACGAUAUCGUUUCAUUUUUACUGAAACAUGGCGCUGAUCCUCACAUAAAAACUAAUCAAGAUGAAAAUGCUUUAACACUACGAUUAAUGGAUUUUUAUAAGGCAUUUGAAAAUGAUCCAGACUUUCAGAACAAAUCUGGAAAACGUUCCAGUUUGAUUCCAAGUCUCAUGAACCCAUCCUUGUUGCUCAAUCAUCCAGAUUUCAUUGACAAGUUUGGAAUGAAAACAAUUCAUUUAGCUGUUGGCACGGACUUGGACUUUUUUGAGAAGUUUUAUUUAUCUGAACGGCCAAAUAUUGAUGAGUUGGUUAGUCCAACUGAAUCAAAGUACAAUUAUUAUGAAGGCAAUACACCACUUCAUCUGGCAGUAAUGUUUAAACGCUACGACAUUGCAAAUUAUUUAAUAAAAAACGGAGCCAAUGUCAAUAUUGCCAAUAAAUCAGGCGAUACACCCGUUAAAUUAUAUAGAAGGAAAGAACGAAUGUAUAACUUGGAGCACGAUGAAGGUGACAUCAAUUUUUACGUCAAAACGUGACGUUUUUGGAUAAUAUACAUUAUAUUUUUUUGUAAAAAAGUUUAAACUCAACGGAAUUGAAAAAUUGGAAAUUGGAAGAAAUUUAAUACUACAUACUUAAGCAUUAAAAUUAUUUGAAUACGAAUUAUCAUUCAAAUAGCCAUGAGUAUCUGAUUAAAUUUAUUCUGUAAAUUUAGCACUAAAAGGUAUAUUAUAAUUUAUUUUAUAGUACUCUAACAAAUCGCAACUUUGUUGCUACUUUUAGAUUCUUGUGCUAUUGAAAAUUGAUAGCACGAGCCGAAUGCAAGCUUUUUUUACAAGUUUGAUUGAAAUAGCAUAUUCACCCUAAAAGUAGCAAAAUAUCGUGAUGUUGAGGCUAGAGUGCUAUACAAUAUUUUAUGCAACUAAAUUACUAUAAUAUAAUAAAGUCAAUAAUAUGUUAUAAUAAUGAAAUUAUAACUUUGAUCUGAUCAAUUGAUGUGUACAUGAAAAUUAGGAUAUAGUUCUAAACUGAUAAUUUUGAAUAUGAUUUCGGAGCUGUUUUUUCAAUCACAUCGAAAACAAAUACUCUCGUACCAUUCAACUUUUAUUGUAAAACUUCAUUCUUAUGAGGUGAAAUAAGUACAUGUAAAAAAUGUAGAUACUUGUAUUUUUUAUUAUUAUUUUAUCUUUUAAGUUAUUUUAUCAUUAAUACAUCCAAAUAGAUGUUUACUGAAACAACCUUUCUGCCCUUGUUGUCUCAAAUAUUUGAGUAUAAUCGAUUAUUUGCCAUUAGUAGAAUGUUUAGUUAACAGAUUGUAAAUAAAAAGUGUAUUGAAAAUAAAUGUCUUAUUUUUACAAA